AUGGAAAAAGUGAAGCUCACAGUGAAAGCUAAUCUGCAGAAAUUCAAUAAGAAUGGCGCCGAACACUACAAAAUUGCAACAUACGAUUUGAAAUUCAACUUUAUUGAGCAAUUAUUCAUUGAAUUCCACAAUCUGUUCAACGGAGAUAAUACCAAAGCUGAUCCUAUCCGUGCGAUCAUCCGUGAGAGUUGGAGGGAUCUGGUGCCCGAAAUUGGUAAACCCAUCAUCAAGGAGCUUGCGGACAUCGUGAUCGCUGCAAUGAACAAGUUCCUGGCAGGGCUACCCAUUGAUGAACUGGAAAUCAUUGCAUAAAAGCACUGGAAAAAUUAUUCGUUUAAAAUUAUAAACGUUGCUAUUUCACAGAUUAUAUAGUUGCAUAUUUUUGUUGUAAUAGUUUUAAUAUAAAUUGUUUUUUUUUUGUUAUGUUCAAAUGGUUAUAAGAUUGGCAUCUUUAAAACAUAAAAGGAAUGCUUAUUUUUUUACAAUAUACCGACAAGUUUGAACAAAAAAUUCAUUAGAAAUUCUCAACUGAAAUGUUAUUGUUAAAUAAAUGAAUAUAAAUAAAAA